UGGGCGGUAUAGAUAUAGAUUUUCUGGCAAGAAAGUAACAAUUAAAAGGGCAAAGAAAUGAAACAAAAAAGACAGUAAUGUCCCGUUCAGUCAGCCCACAACACCAGUAUACCCACCUUAAUUUCCCCUCUGAACCCUAGAUUCCCCCAUCUCCAAUAAAAACAACCCCAGAAUAAAGGAAUCAUUAAAGAAAAAGAAAAAGGAAAACAAUAACAGAAACAGAAAAACCCAAUCCCAAUCCCCAAACCCUUCUCCCCAACACCGAAUAUGGACUCUCGCCGCGUUCCCCGCACUGUCAGCGACCCCAAGGUCCGGCAGGUCGGCUUCUUUGCUCCGGCGGCCCCACUCGACCGCUCUGAAUCGGGUCCACCCGCCCCGACAUCCUCUUCCCCUCCCGUAUCCGACGUCUCCCCAUCUGGCAACUCCUUGUCACCCGUCAUGAUCCCCCCGCCUCGCCACCUCUCCACCGACCUCUCCCGCCAUUUCCCCCUGGGGCCGCCUAUCUCCCCCCUCCGUGUCGCCCGUGCUGCUGAUACUUCGAUUCCUGUGGGCAGUUACAAUCCGUCUGAGUUUUUAACUCCUACUGCUACCACGGAGUUUUCGGAGGACCCGCUCUCUCCUAGGUGGGGUCGUAGAGGUAGUUCUGGUAAAUUCGCUACGUCGUUGCCAGCUGGCGGGUUUAAUAUGGCGUUGGCUAAGCAGAAGAAUGCUGUUAACUUGCCCCCGGAUGGAGGGUCAAAUGUGGAAGUGCAGAAGGAGCAAAGAGCAGUGACUGGGAAGCCAUUAAAGGAGAAGACAACGAAAGCAGAAAGGAGGGCACUUCAAGAGGCACAGAGAGCUGCAAAGGCUGCUGCUAAAGGUGAAGGAAGUAAGACUGGUGCUUCUGGUGUCAACACUGCAAAUUCCAACACAGGGAAGCCUGUAAAAGCUGUUUCACAAAAGAAAGACAGCUCGUCGGUUGCAGCUUCUGAGAAAAAAGGUGGUGAUCGUCAGCCAGAUAAAGAUAGGAAGAAAGACGUACCUCAUCCACGGAUGCAGUUUGAUGAUGCAAACAGAGUUGAGAAGGCAAAGAAGCGAUCUGUUGUAAAACAAACUGAAGCCAAGAACAGAGUUGAACUCUUUAGGCAUCUCCCUCAGUAUGAACAUGGAACACAGCUUCCUGAACUGGAAUCAAAAUUCUUCCAACUUGAUACUGUUCAUCCUGCAGUUUACAAGGUUGGACUGAGAUAUCUAGCUGGGGAUAUAUCUGGUGGCAAUGCCCGCUGCAUUGCAAUGCUUCAAGCAUUCCAAGAAUCAAUCAAGGAUUACUCCACACCACCAGAGAAGUCCCUUAUUAGGGACUUGACAACAAAAAUCAACGGUUAUGUGUCUUUUCUGAUUGAAUGUAGACCCCUUUCAAUCAGCAUGGGAAAUGCAAUUAGGUUUCUUAAAACUCGAAUUGCUCAAUUGCCUUUGAAUCUGUCUGAGUCAGAGGCAAAAGUCCAUCUUAUCUCUGAUAUUGAUCGUUUUAUAAGCGAGAAGAUAAUUCUAGCAGAUAAGGUAAUUGUAAAGCAUGCCGUAACCAAAAUUAGGGAUGGUGAUGUUCUUCUGACAUAUGCAUCAUCAUCUGCUGUUGAAAUGAUGUUAUUGCAUGCUCAUGAGCUUGGUAAACAUUUCCGAGUGGUGAUAGUGGAUUCGCGUCCAAAGCUUGAAGGCCAAAAGUUGCUUCGUAGGCUUGUGGGGAAGGGUAUUCAUUGUACAUACACUCAUAUAAAUGCUGUUUCUUAUAUAAUGCAUGAAGUCUCUAGAGUAUUUUUGGGCGCGUCGUCAGUGCUGUCUAAUGGAACGGUUUACUCAAGGGUUGGCACUGCAUGUGUUGCGAUGGUUGCCCAUCAGUUUCAUGUUCCAGUCUUGAUAUGUUGUGAAGCGUACAAGUUUCACGAAAGGGUCCAACUUGAUUCAAUUUGCUCUAAUGAACUUGGUGAUCCUGAUGUAAUAUCAAAGGUUUCUGGUAGAAAGGAAAUAAAUACUUUGGAUGGAUGGGCCAAUAGCGAGAAUCUACAGCUCUUGAACCUGAUGUAUGAUGCAACACCUUCAGAUUAUGUAUCAAUGAUUAUAACUGACUAUGGCAUGAUGGUUAAAAACUGGAAGUGAUGUUGAUCUGCAUGAGGAUGGUUCUUUUGUCGACUCCAGAUCUCAAAAUUUCUCUCCCGUUUAAUUGGGUUAAAACAUGUUGUCUCUCUCCUUUCCAAACUGGGCAGCCUAAUUACUUAGGUUUAUGGUUCUGUUGUCAUUUUUGUUCCUGUUUUAUACUUCACACGAGAUUUAUUCACUUUGUUUUAAUG